AUGACGCUGCCUAGCUAUCUCCAAGGCUCAUCUUACGCAGCGCGCUAUCAUGCGGCCCUUGCUUCCCACGAUACGUUGUUGGAGGAACUACCCUCACAACUGGCUGAAGGUGCAGAUGUGCCAACAGUAGUCAAAGUCUCCAACGACAAGAUGGAAGUUCGCUUCAUCGGUCCAGUGAAGAACUCAGACUCUGAUGCGGCUAGCGUACGUGCCAACCAUCCUAUACCAGUGUCAACAGGCUUGUUCUACUUCGAGACAACGAUCGUCUCAAAAGGCCGUGAAGGCUUUAUUGGUGUUGGAUUCUGCCGUGGAAAUGUCCUUCUCUCUCGCUUGCCUGGCUGGGAAGAAGACUCUUGGGGCUAUCACGGUGAUGAUGGACAUUCUUUCUGCUGCCAGGGCACUGGCAAAGAAUAUGGACCCACAUUUACCACUGGCGACACGAUCGGCUGUGCGCUGAACUUUUCUUCUGGAGAGUGCUUCUACACGAAGAAUGGCGUUCAUCUUGGCGUUGCCUUCACUGGUAUCACUACAGCCUCUGGACCACUCUUUCCAUCCAUCGGGCUAAGAACGAUCGGCGAGCACGUUCGCGUCAAUUUCGGCGCGCAGCCUUUUGUUUUUGACAUUGACCAUUAUUACAGGCUCGAGAAGAGCAGACUCUACAAUGAAGUCAAAAGUGCAGAGGGUCAUGUCUCCAGAAGUGUUCAACAUCUCGUUAUGUCGUACCUCUCGCACAAUGGGUAUGUCGAGAGUGCGCGUGCCAUGGCGGACGAUGUUGCGGCCCAAACAAACACACCGGCGCAAUAUCCAAAGGAAGAUACGGAUGCACUUUACAGACAACGGAUACGGAACCACCUGGUUGCCGGACGUGUGGAUGAAGCACUGGCGCUGACCAACUCUCUUCAAGCAAAUUUGUUGUCUGCCAACAGUGCCUUGGCCUUCAAAUUGAAGUGCCACAAGUUUGUCGAGAUGCUACGGCGCGUCAGUACUGACAAGUCAGCAGAAGAUCUCAGUGGUAGCGGCUUGCUGUCUGAGAAGCAUGCCAACGGUACCAAGGAGAAGAAAGAUGUUGACAUGGCUGAAGUGGGAGACAUGGACGGCCAGGGAUCCACCGCGCUGGAAGAAGUGCUUGCUUACGGACAACAAUUGGAUGCCGAAUAUACAGAGUCUAACAGUCUCACAACUGAGCAGCGCCAGCACCUGAGCGAUGUCUACAGCUUACUGGCCUAUGCUGACCCUCAGAGCUCGCCAAAUGCGCAUCUGUUUAAUCUCAACUUGCGUGUGGAACUUGCAGAGGAGAUCAACUCUGCCAUCUUGCUCGCAUCUGGGCAAAGCGCGCGCUCAGAGCUUGAAGAGAUUGUUGCUGGUCUGACUCGCAAAGUGCAGGCUAUUCCUGGUGGACAUGGCGCUUUUGUCAACGUCAAAAAGGACUUUUUCAGCACUGGAGAUUAA